AUGGCGUUGUCAUCGGCGGCUCUGCCGAGGGGUCACAAUGCCCUCAGCCAGAUUAAGGCUGGAUGCAGACGGUUUGGCAGAAUAAGAGCUACGAAAAGAAAUAUUUCAAAGCUGGUUCUUCUUACAUCGAUUGUGGGUGUAAUGGUGUUUGGUAUUGUCAGCUUUGUGAAAUCACUGCCCAAGGGAAAACCUUACGCAUUCACAGAACUGGAGGCCAAGAAGAUAAAACUGGAAGAUACUUUGAAAAGAGACUUCAUGAAAAAAUUUCCCCUUUCCAAACGUGAUCUUUCUUCCAAAAAUGACGCGGUUUUUCAGGUGGGUUGUCGGGAACCAGAUACCUCGAAGGAAAGAGCAAACGCUGCGUUUGUGAUGUUGACCAGGAACGAAGAGCUGGAUGGUGUUAUCCACUCGAUGAACUCCAUGGAAAGACAUUUCAACCAAUGGUUCAAGUAUCCUUGGAUCUUUUUAAAUGAUGAAGAUUUCACCCCAAAAUUCAAGAAGACCGUUAAGCAACACACCAAGUCCAAAGUGCAAUUCGGCAAGAUUCCGAAAGCUGCGUGGAAUUUUGCUGCCACCGAGGACAAAGAGGUUGUUGACGAGAGUAUUGAGAACCAAGGCGAUCGUGGGAUCAUGUAUGGAAACAUGCCCAGUUAUCACAAGAUGUGCAGAUUCUAUUCAAGCUAUUUCUUCAAACAUCCAUUGGUUCAGAAACUGGAAUGGUAUUGGAGGGUGGAGCCAGAUGUGGAUUUCUAUUGUGAUUUGACCUAUGAUCCGUUUUUGGAGUUAGAGAAGAGCGGAAAGAAGUAUGGUUUCACUAUGGUUAUCAAGGAGCUGAUAGCCACUGUUCCUGGGCUUUUCAGGAAGACCUUGGAAUUUGUGAGGAACGAAGAUGUGGAAAUCCCCGAUUCCUUUAAACUGUUUGCGCAAGACUUCAAGUUCUACGCUGGCACCAAUGAGGUUCAUUAUAAAGGAGUUACAAAUAACGAGGAACUAUUUGAACGACUGCAACAACGGACUCCGAUGCUGCGUUUACUGAACAAGAUGAACCAGCAAGGCGAGAUCACUGAAGAAGAUAUUGACACAACCUCCAUAAACUCGCUUGUGGAUCACAGCAACAAAAGAGGACUACCGCGCUUGGGGAAGGACACUUUCAACGACCAACAGUACACUCUGUGUCAUUUCUGGAGUAAUUUCGAGAUUGCAAGGACUGACUUGUUCACUUCGCCUGAAUACCAGAAAUACUUUGAUUUUCUGGAGAAGUCCGGAGGGUUCUACAAAGAGAGAUGGGGAGAUGCCCCAAUUCAUUCGCUUGCAGUGGGUAUGUUUUUGAAACUUGAAGAGAUCCAUUACUUCAGAGACAUCGGCUACCAGCAUACUACCUUAGCCCAUUGUCCUUCCAACUCAAUCGUCAACCAACUGCCCUACAAGCCCGCCAAGGACUAUACCAAGAAACUGUCCAGUUCUGAAGAGAAAUACUGGGCCAACCCAGACAAGUCUCAGGAAAACGGCGUGGGAUGCAGGUGCAGUUGCCCUAAGAAGCAGGAAGAGAUAGAAGAUGCCGCUGGAUCAUGUUUUGACCUAUGGGUUGGGCUAAAUCACGACUUGAGGAAGCCCGAGACCAAGCUGGAUUUGGACCUCAUUGAGCAGAAAGCAUUGUCGUCAUAUGAGAUGUAUCUACAGAAGCAUAACUAUGACGGGAAAGACUGGAAGUUGACUCCCGAACAGGUGAAGGAGCUUGAGAAACUUGUGCUCUAG